AUGGCUUGGCAAAAAAAAGAAUGGCUCGAAACUUUUCCGAAUAAAACUUAUGGUUUACAAAAGGAGGAAAUUCUCGCAAUCCCAGCGAUAUCUCCUAAUAUCCUCGACCGGACUUUUCCAGAGCCAGACUCCAAGUUUUGA